AUGGAUUUAAGGUGUUCUGAGCUCAGUGGAGUCAAGACCUUGGAUUCGACUCGUCCCGAGUUUGUCCUUGUUGGGACAGAAGGACAUUAUGUUGCUCCUUUAAGAUGGGUCCACUCUUCUGGAACAGGGAAGUGCAGCCAUGGAGGAGUUUUCGACCAAACGAGAAACACAGAGCCGACGGGUGGGAUCAAUAAAGACGGGCCGACGGCCGAACACGGACACGCGCACCACGCGGCUGCACGGCUUGCUACCGCCGCGACCAUCGAGCUGCUAGACGACAUCCGUGGGGCGGCCGGGAACACAGACUUCCUCCGCAUGCUGGGCAUUUCCAAGGGGUCCAGCAGAGCUCUGUGUUUUGUGAUCGACUCCACAGGAAGUAUGGGCGACGACAUCGCUGCUGUGAAGAGCGUCACCGCAGCGCUCGUCGACGGCAGAGUGGGAACGCCUGACGAACCAUCGCUCUACCUCCUUGUUCUCUUCAGUGAUCCAGACUUCGGUCCCCUGAUGACGACCACAGACCCCAACAUCUUCAAGGCCUGGCUGAGCAACCUGACGGCGGCCGGCGGAGGAGACUACCCUGAGCUGGCCCUGUCCGGGCUGCAGCUGGCCUUGACGGGUGCGCCCUCUGGUUCAGAGGUUUUCCUUUUCACUGAUGGAAUUGCAAAAGACCUUCACCUCACAGACACAGUGCUGGCACUGAUGGAGCGGACCAAGACAGUGGUGAACUUUAUGCUCACCGGUCCGUUCCAGUUCUCGUUCCGUUGCCGUCAGGAAGUGAGCGGGCAGAGCCAGGACGGUCCGACCGGUCAAAUGUCUUCUGCUGAAGCCCAACUCUUCACGGAUCUGGCCCACGCUUCAGGAGGUCAGGCCAUCCAUGUGAAGAAGAGCCAGCUCUCCGAGGCCAUGGCCCUCGUCACAGAGACCUCCGCAGCCUCUCUGGUGACCCUUCUUCAGGCUGUCAGGAGCCCAGGGAGAGAUGAGACUUUCUCCUUCUCUGUGGACGAGUCUGUGGGAAACCUCACUGCUUACAUCACUGGGAGAGUCCUUAACUUUACUCUCACCAGCCCUUCAGGUGUUUCACAAACUCUGGACAGCCCUUAUAACUCUUUAGCCACAGAGACGGUUGUGGGUAAUUUCAGAACUUUGCAGAUGAUUCCAUCAGUCGGAGUUUGGGAGAUAAUGCUUCUUUCAGCUGACUCUUACUCUCUGAAGAUUGUAGGUCGGAGUGGAAUCGAUGUCCUCUUUGACUUUGUGCAGUUCUUCCAGGGAGCUGCUGAAGGCUUUGAUGUUGUAGAAAACCGUCCCGCAGCUGGAGGGAGCCUGACACUGCUGCUGACGCUGACCUCUGACCCCGGCUGGCUGACCCCUGACCCCGGCUCGCUGACCCCUGACCCCGGCUGGCUGAGCUCCGUCAGGCUGGUGGAUGCCGCCGGCUGGGGGGGGGUGAACGGGACCCUGGAGGCUCUGGGGGGAGGAGACUUCCUGGCCCGCUUUGACUCCGCCCCCUCAGGGGGCUUUGUGGUGCUGGUGACGGGGCGGGCUGGGGGAACGGGGGGGCCGACCACCGCCUUCCAACGCCAGCUGGGGGGCCGCUUCAGAGCCUCGGGCGUUGCUAUAACGGUGAGGGGGCGGGGCUAUGACGGUGCCCCCCCCUCCCCCCAGACCUCGGUGGGCGGCGGCCUGGAGCCCGGGGGGACCCUCUCCGUCCCCUUCAGGGUGGAGUCCAGCGGGGCAGGGGGUCACUUCACCAUCCAGGCCUCCAACGACCGGGGCUUCGCCUCCGCCUUCCCCAGCCUGCUGCCCCGGGACGGGACGGGCUCUGCCCGCGGCACCGGGACCCUCAGGGCGCCCCCCGGAACCCCCAGCGGGACGGCGGUCACCCUGACCCUCCGGGCCCGCGCCCCGGGGGGCAACGACACCAACCACCUGGUUCUGAGGUUUCCUGUCGUUACCAAGGUGACGGACCACAGCCGUCCGGUGUGUCAGGUGACCAGCCUCAGGGCGGACUGCCCCUCCCAGUGCUCCCAGUCCACCUGGGAGAUGACGGCCAACCUGACGGACGGCGACAGCCUGGGCCAGCCGCUGCUGUCCCUCCAGCGGGGAAACGGCACGCUGACCUCCAGCCAGGGCCCCGGGGGGGCCGUCACCCUGGUCUCCUACACUGCCUCCUGCUGCUCCCCCCACCUGGAGCUGGUGGCCACCGACGAGGCGGGCAACGUGGGGACCUGCUUCAGCAGCCGCAGGACCGCCGGGACCCCCACCCAGGGGACCCCCACCGCCGGGGGCCCCACCCCGGAGACCCCCACCCCGGAGACCCCCACCCCGGGGACCCCCGCCCUGCUAACCCCCACCGCCGGGACCCCCACCGCCGGGACCCCCACCGCCUGGACCUCCAGCGAUACGACCACCGCUGGCGCGACGGCGACCUCUGGAGCAGCGGCGGCGGCCAGAAGGCCCCGUCCUUAUUACCUCUGGCAGGCGGCCAUGAUGGUUUGGAUGGCGCUGGCUCAGCGUUGACCACUUGUUCCGCCGGUUCUGCCUGCUGGGAUAGAACCAUGUGUGUGUGAAGUGUAAGGGUGGGAUCGAUUUAAUGGUUUUGUAUGUCCACUGACCAUGGGAUUGUCCGUUUGUGGACAGUCUUUGAUAAAACAGUCUUUGAUAAAACAGAUGAUUUGGGGUA